ACUAAAACAAGGCAAAGCUUCAAACCAGUCGCACAAUAUAAAAAUAAAAAAAUGGUACCGUUACAUUGUUAUACCUGAUCAGCGUGUGGCUAGGGUUAUGAAAACGGUUCUUACUUGAAGAACACACAGUGGUAAUAAGAUAACCAGCAGCCGUUUAUUUAUUUACUUUUUCUGGUUGUGGCCGUUGCCUCCCCCUACGUUUUUCUCGGUGAGCCAUUCCCAGCGUGUGAACAGAAUUUGAAAAUGUUUUCGGUUUUUCUGUCAGUGUGGGUGUGUGGCUCCUCCUCGACAGGGACGAGACGCAGAGCCUGCAGCCGGACUGUAUAUCCGAGUAUUACGGGUCUACAUUACCUGGGCAGGGGGGAGCGGCGGUUCCUUCGGUUCGUGUCGCCUCGUCUCCUCUGUUUCGCCGCCUUUCUGGAAUCUCUCUGCGUUCCCGCGGUGAUCCCGAGCGCCGUGCGCGCGCCGGAGAAGGGCCCGCGAGCUCUUCGCACACACAGAGUGAAACAGCGCGAGAGCGAGCGCGAGGGGCUCUAUAAUGGCUGCCAGAAAAACAAAAGCGAGGGAGAAAAAACUGACGAGAAAUCCGCAGUAAGAGACAUUGCACAGCUGGUGGAGACUUCACUGAAGGGAGAGAUUGCCUUUGACCCCCGCAGCUCCUACUACCUGUGGUUUGUGAUGGAUUUUUGCGACGGAGGAGACAUGAACGCGUACCUGCUUUCCAGGAAACCGAGCCGCAAGACCAACACCAGCUUCAUGCUGCAGCUCAGCAGCGCCCUGGCCUUCCUGCACAAAAACCAAAUCAUCCACAGGGACCUGAAACCGGACAACAUCCUGAUCUUGCAGGACAGGACCCCCACUGGCCUGCCAGAGCCCACUCUCAAAGUGGCAGACUUCGGCUUGAGCAAAGUGUGCUCUGCGUCCGGGCUCAACCCAGAGGAGCCCGUCAAUGUGAACAAGUGUUUCCUUUCCACAGCCUGCGGGACUGACUUUUACAUGGCCCCCGAGGUCUGGGAGGGACAUUACACUGCCAAAGCAGACAUCUUCGCCCUGGGCAUUAUCAUCUGGGCCAUGUUGGAGCGCAUCACUUUCAUAGACACAGAGACCAAGAAGGAGCUGUUGGGGAGCUAUGUGAAGCAGGGGGCUGAGAUUGUGCCCGUUGGGGAAGCACUUUUGGAAAAUCCCAAAAUGGAGCUCCACAUCCCUGUGAAGAAAAAGAACAUGAACGCCAACAUGAAGCAGCUGAUCAAGGAAAUGCUGUCUGCCAACCCUCAGGAGCGUCCAGACGCUUUCGAGUUGGAGUUGAGAUUAGUCAAUAUCGCUUGUAAAGAAUGUAACUGGGAUACGUGAUGGACUGGGGGAGAGGGGUAAAUUAAUAAUUUCUAUAGGAACUGGUGCUGUUUAACAUCAGCAUUUUCAUGGGAGCAAAAAUUGCUGUACUUCAGGAAUUCAGUUUACUAGCUUAAAAAAUAAUAAUAAUAAUAAUUUAAACCCCUAAUUUUACGAUAUUGUUAAAUUAUGCUGGUAUUGUUAGCACUAAGAUUUUUUUUGUUUUGUUUUUUGUUUUUGUUUUUUUGUGCAAAAUUAUUAGUCUUAAUAUGUUGAGUUGUGGUUAUCCUCAGAAUUAGAGGAUAUAAAGACCCACACCACAUUCCAAACUGAAGCACAGUAACGGUUAUUGUUUUGCAUGCUGGUAGUGCAAAAUAAUUGUCAACAUUCAUUUGGAUGUGCUCAAUCCAGAGCUAUGACAUUUGGCAGCCUGGUUGCUGAAAACACAUUUUAUCAAACAAAUAUUAAUCUGAAUGGAAACAGUGAUGUGCUUUUGAGCUCUGAAAGACUUUCCCUGCCCUCAUUCAAACACACUUCGCUGCUGGGGUUUGUAUAGAAGUGCAGUAUGUGAUGCCUUUGUUCCUGCUUGCUGUGAAAGUUGAAGGAUUUUUGGUGAAUUUCUUUUUCCAUCAGGUGGUAUUUGUGAGAUUUUUUUCUUUAUGAAAACAAACUUGAAAUCAUAUACCUUUCAUAUGGACAUUUUUUAUAAACAGAAAGUAACAAGACACAGUUUAGACUUGCAUUUUGACCUGUUCUCUACAAGUAUUCUGCACUGUCCUUGUGCUUUGCAGGAUGAAACUAUAUUGUGACUGAGAAUUGAAAGUCAAGUAAAAAUGUGUCAGUACAGAACUUUUAUAUAUAUAUAUAUAUAUAUAUAUAUAUAUAUAU